AUGGAUGCCACUGUUUGGGUCGCUCCCUGUAUCGAAGCGAAUCUAUCAAACCUUACGUUAACUACGAAAUGCAUUAAGAAUUCUGCUUCGUCCUUGCUUUCUGUAUCCGAACACGCGGAACUCAUAGCUAAAAUCUGGCUUCAAAAUUUUGAGACAGCAAGCGAUCCCGCAACACAGCUAGCGUUAUUUUAUGUUCUUAAUGAGGUUUUACAAAAUUGCAUCAGCUACGGUGCACCUGAAAUGAAAAAUGCUUUCAAGAUUCCUAUUUUGUCCGCACUCAAAUCAUUUCGUUCUGGAAUGCCCAUCGACAAGGUCAAAAAACUUCUUUUGGUAUGGGGGCAGCAAGGCCUUUUUGAGAAAGAUUUUAACAAAAGAUUGUCAAAGUAUGCUCGACAUUUUGAAAAUUUGAGCAAACGACCUGACACCAACAUCAAUCAUUCAACUGCAAAGGACUUUAAAGAUUUCUCGCCGGAUAAGCUUAUUCGUCAGCUGCGCGAAUAUGCAGAAAUCGAAUCAAACUCAAAGAUUUCCGAACCGGAAUUUGUCGCUUCCUUAUUAGGUAUUCCUAUCGAAACAACACUUUCUCGCAUCAAAAGUAAGGCCGAGGGAAUUUCUUUCUCUAAGGACGUCCGAAAUUGUGCUGAGCAACUUGAUAGUACGUUGAAUGAUUUGAGCAGGAAACUAGCUGCUCAAGAAGCCUUGGCAAAGAACAUUGAUAAGGCUAUUUUCUUCUACUUGGCCCAAGAAAAGGACGCACGUAGUGUCGUCAAUGCUUACAAGCUCUACGAACGGCAAAUUAGAGAAACUCUGCGUUCGGUUGGUGGAAGCUACACUUCAACAUUGACGGCUACGACAGACGAUAAUACCGAAUACACCUGUCAGAAUAUCUACGAAGAUGGUGGUGGUGGCGAUUCUGAUAUGUCUGAUAUUGAAGAAAUUGACAAUAUUCCACUUCACCAUCCUCGUGUUGAACCUAUUGCACCAACACCCUCCGUAUCUGAUCUCCUUGUUGAUCCCAAAACUUUUUCAGACCUGCCCUUCUCGGAGUACAUCACUAUUGACGGUAGUGGUGAUGUGGACUAUCGUCCUAUGCUCUCCAAAAUUCUUGAAAGUAAUUCAAAAAUGUCUAAGGAAAUCGAUUCACAUCAACUGGUCCAAACAGAAACAGGUGACUUCGACUACAGAAAGCCUCCUCCUUCUGCUAUAGUUAUUGAUGAGGAUCAAAGAAAACCUCAACCAAUGGAUCCCUUCGGCUUUGGAACUAAUGAGGAUGCGGAUCUGCGAGAACUAAAACCAUCGGUCUCUUCACAACCGCCUAUUCCUCCAUUAAUUCCUACACCUCCAUCAGACUCGGAUUACCGUCAAUUACAGCCCUCUCAAUUACAACCCACAACAAUUCCACCUACUCCUCAUGCUUAUCCAUGGUUGACUAUCACGGAUAGCGAUCUUCGACAGUCUUCAGUCGGCCAUGGAGAUACGCUCAUACCACCAUUACCGGUUGCAGUCACGAAUACAGUCACAUUAAAUCAUACAUCACCCUUUAAUGCUACCCUUCCACCACCUCCAUCCAAACUCUCUGUACCAGUUUGUUCUCAGAUGGAAGGCGUUCUUCCCUUCCAAACUGCCCUUCCUCCACUGUCUUCUGCUCAAAUGAUGGUGAUGUCUCAGCUUCAAAUUCCUUCUUCCCAAUCCUAUCAGCCUCAGCAACAACAGAAUCCACUGAUCUCUCAUGUUCCAAAAAUUCCAGAGGCUGUGCCUUCUAAGCUGCAAAAAACAUCGCCGCAGCCAUGUCCUGUUACUACUAUACAGCCUGUUUGUCAGUCUUCUUCCUCAACCAACCCCGCUUUAACUCAAUCAAAAUACAUUUCGGAUCAGGUUGCCACUACUGUUGCUAGUGAUAAUGUUGAGGACAACAUUAAGUCGCAGGAAGAUCCGUUUUCUAUCAUCUUUCGUAUCACUGGACUGUCGAAUUUGAUAAAGUCGUAA